AUGAAAAAAACUCUUAAAUAUAUUAGAAAUUGUGAUCAUUUUGGUGCGUAAAUUAAGUUAAAUUUACAUCAUAAAGAAUCAUAUAAAUCUCUUUUGGGUGGAAUUAUAACAAUUAUUAUUGCAAUAGCUAUCUUAAUGGUUUUUGUAAGAGGAACUAUUUCACUGUAUAAGAGAGAAAAUUAUGCAGUAUUUAUUAUUCUGAUUAAAUUAUUAGAUUUAAACUUCAAAAUUACUCAAUUUAGAUCCCCCUAUAGCAAAGUUGAGUUCAAAUAACUUUAUGCUUGGAUUUUCUGUUGAUCUAUAAUUGUAAUUCAAAAAGCCAAUAUUCAAAGUCUUAUAUUCUCAAUAAACUUAAAUAAUUAAUACUGAUGGUACAAAAAUCAAAAAUGGAACAUCUUUGUAACCUUUAGAGAAAUGUACAAUAGAUCAUUUCUCUCAUUUAGAUCAAACUAACAGUUAUAAUGUAUAAAUUUUAUAUAAAUUUCAUAGCAAUUAAUAUAAGAGUAAAUAAGCAAAUAUUUUUGUUUACCCAAAAAUUAUUCAAUUAUACAGUAAGGCACAUAUUAGUCAAAUCUUUUUUAAUUUGGUAAAAUUUUGUUGAUGUCAUGCAUCGAUGAACCAGAUUGUGUUAAUAGUGAAGAAGCACUUUCUUUUGGGUUACAAGAUAGCAUCCUAAAAAUUAGUACCUUAAUUCUCAAUACUUUGGUAAAUCUUAAUUAAGAAGAGAGUAUUUAAAAAUAUAUUUAUACUGAUUUUUAUGUUGAAACAUCUUUUUCCAAAACCACUACUACUGAUAUUUAUCUUGAAAAAUUAAAUGUUAAUAUAGAAGACUCUCCAAUUUCGAUAUUAAAUAAAAUUGAACAAGAUGAGUUAUUUUAAAUUUAAGAUGCUAAACUCUCCCAAAUUACUUCAAAUAUUUAAUCUAAUAAUAUCAUUUCUCAAUUUAUUAUUAGAUUGGCUUAAUCAGAAACUAUUUAUAAAAAAUAAUAUUAUAAGUUUGAUGAAUUAAUAUCAUAUGUUGGUGGAAUAACCAAAUUUAUAGUUUUACUUUUUGGUUAUUUUAUUACAAAAUAUAAUAAAACUGGUUUAUAAAUAAUGUUGGCAAAUGAUUUAUAUCAAUUCGAUAUUCCAGAAUAAAAAAAGGGAGAACUCACUUUUUCAUUUUAGAACCUUGUAACUUAAAUUCUAGAUAAUAUAAAACAGAUAGAAGAUCUUGCAAGUAAAUUUAAAAUAGGAGCAAUAAAAAUUUUAACUUUAGGAAGAUUUACAAAAGCAAUUUCAAAAACAUCAGGUAGUUAAUAAUUGAUUUCAGCUGGUUCUGAAUGCCUUAUCACAAAUUAAAGUGUUACUAAAAGAAACGCAUUACUUACUGAUGAAGCAACUCUAAAAACAGAAUAGAUGGACUUAUUAAAAUAAUCAAAUGCUACUAAAUUUAUUAAUCCUUCAAAUUUAGAAUUUUACAAAAAUAACUAUUUACAAUAGAUUAUUAAUAUUUUAUUAAGGGGUGAUAAAAAGUUGAAAUAUAGCAUUUUAAUAAUAAUUAAGUACUUGACAUGUUGGAGAUUUAGUUAUAUAGGUGAACAUAACAUAAAGAUAUUAUAAUAAUCAAAAAGUAUGAUUUAGAAAGAUAUGGAUAUAUUGGUUAUCAUUUAAAAGCUGCAAGAAAUGGAGAAAUUAAAACAUUUGCUUCUAAAUAAAGAAUAGUUAAAAGUCUUUAAUUGUUUGCCAAAACCUAUAGUAGGAUCUUCAAAGUUUACUGGUAACGAAUCAUUUACAGUCGCUACUGGAUAAUUUGAGAAAGCAAAUUUAACAUUAACUUUUAAAAAUAAAAAUUUAUUUGAAACUCGCCAUGAAUUGAAUACUGAAAAGAAACUAAAAAAACUAUAUUUUGCUUACGAAUCUAUUAAAUUAAACAAUAAUGUAAACAGUGAUUUUGAAAAAUUAAUGAAUCAAAAAUUAAUUGAUGUUCUUGAACCUCCAACUUUACAGUUUAGUUUUAAUUCAUUGGCAGAAUUGCAGAGAUUAGCUAAUUUGUAAACUGACAAAAUGGUUAAAGCACCAAAAAUUUAAAAGAAAACAUCAAUCGCAAUUGAUGAGCCAAACACAUAAAACUUUUCAUAAAUAAGGAAAGAAAUAAAUUAAUACUACUUUAAACCAUAAAAUUAUUAAGUACGCUCUAAAUCAGAUAUUAUUGAUGAAAUCAUUUAUGAAUGA